AUUCCAGAUCAAGACACGGAAAAGCUGUCUACUGUUUGCAAUGGGUGUAUAGGGAAAAUAGACGCAGUCGAGGACAUUCGAAGCUUCUUCCUCGAGUCCGAAAGAAAAUUUCAAACUCUGUUAAUUGGCCAUUCUGAUUCUGAUACUAAAUAUGAUGCAAAUGAAAAGCCUAAAAUUGUCAAGCAAAAUGAAGCUUCCAAAACAGAAAACCAAGUCACUAACAUUAUUGUGUCUGAUAUCUGUCAAUCUACUUUAAAAAAAGAAACUGGUCAACAACCCACAGUUGACGAAAUAGAAAUUAUAUGUAAUGAUCAAGAAGAUGAAGAGGCGUUGCUGGAAGAAUCAUUGGUUGACGUUACUGACAACUUGUCUGAAGCAGAAGUAUCGAUAUACGAAGAAGAAAUGGGUUCACUGGAAGCAGAAUCGCCUGGAUGCAAGGUUACUGUUGAUGAAUUCACAAAUAUUCAACAUAUUAUGUAUGCGUCGGAUCAAAGUUGUAGUUCAGAAACGGUCAAGAUUGUGGGGAUGAUACAAGAUAAUGUCGAUUGUACUGAAUAUGACAUAGACACGUUGGUAGAAGUAGAUGAAGAAAAAUCCGUGUCAUUGGGCAUUUCUGACGAUGAAAGCCUCGAUAAUUCGAAAAAACUUCAUCAUUGUAAUGUAUGUGCAAAUAUGUUCGAAAGCAGAAUUGCUCUUAUCAGGCAUACGAAUACAGCACAUUUCCCCGAGUAUGUGCAUCAUUGUCGACAUUGUUUGUCGAUUUUUCAAACAAUCAAUGAGUUGAAACUGCACGAAUGUGCUAAAGGACCAAAAAUUUUUGAAUGCUCCGAAUGCACAGAACGUUUCCAUAAUGUGAAAGAUCUUCGUAAGCAUACACAAAACAUUCACAAGAUGACGAAAGAGUACACAGGAAACACGACACGAAGAACAAAUUUGUAUAAAUGCGACUUUUGUCCAGAAAUUCUCCCAAAUUCGAUUCAGCUUGUGCAGCAUGGUCAGCUUUUGCAUCCGGAUACUUUCAUGCUGUACCCGUGCGAGCGAUGUGAAAAAAGCUUCGGAAAUAUUCAAUCUGCUCAAGCUCAUAAAGUGGCACAUGAAAAGCAUUACGAAUGUAGUCACUGCGGUAAGAUCUGUCCAACCGCAGUGUCGUUAUCUGGGCAUGAAAAUACCCAUACUAAAGAUCAGCCAUUUCAAUGUGUCCAGUGCGGUCGUAACUUUGCCCAAUAUACGAGUAUGCGUCGGCAUAUGAAGAUUCAUUUCAACGAAAAAGCUUAUCAGUGUGAUUUCUGUUCCAAACACUUCAGGCAACGGUCAGUAAUGCUCACACACAGGCGAAUCCAUACAGGUGAGAAGCCGUUUAUCUGCGACACCUGCAAUAAAACAUUUAGGGAUCACAGCACAUUAGCCAAGCAUAAGCGAAUCCAUCAAAAAGGAAACCGUCGUGAAAAGUAAUAGCAAUAGGUUAUACAGGAUGGGCCAUCAGUUUGUUGUUUUCUAUCGUAAAAUAAAGUUGAUCGGGAAUCUUUACUGAUUA